AUGGCUGAAUGUUUGGAAGUUCUGUGCGAAGAUUCGCUCGAAGAACAAAAAGAAGAAAUCACUGUUCUUCAGUCGAUCUUCGAGGAUGAUUUGCAAAUUCUCCAAGGGAGUGAUGGGCGUUCAAACGUUUGUUUUAGUUUGAAGGUCAAGGCCCAUAUUCCUCACGAUGUAAUCACCUUGGAGGCUUUUAUCCCAGUAGAAGUAUUGGAAGAACUUCCAAGCAGUCAUCUUGAUGAUGAUCCUGCGAGAGAGAGCCUGGCAGAAGAGUUUAAAGCCAGUAAAGAUUCUGAUUGUGGACCGUUGAGAGAUAAUUCAUUCGAUGAAAACCAUCUCGUUGGCGAAGAAAUGGGUUUCAAUAGAUGUUCCCCGGUAGAACAAAACCAGACCAAUACACCUCCUGACACCUCCCCUGACAGUUUUUUAGGACACCCAAGAAGACCUGGUUUUACUAGGACUGUGUCUUUGCAACACUGGCACGUGAAUGCAGACAUUCAAUACUUGACUCCAAUACAUCUUACUUGUUCACUACCUCCACUCUACCCCACAGAGUGCCCGCCCAAUUUUUCCCUGGCCUGCCUGUGGCUCACUAAAAGUCAACUGCAAGAAGUGCAUGAGAAGCUGAUGCAGUUGUGGACGGAGAAUCCAAAUUUACCAGUAAUCUUCACUUGGGCUGAUUGGCUUCAAAAUAAUGUCUAUGAGUAUUUGCAUCUAGGUGCACACUUAGUUCUAAAAGAGCCUGAGAGUGAGUUGCCACAAACAGAUGAAGCCACAAAUAGUGCAAUAUUUAAUGCGAAAUUAGAGACAGCAUUGCUAACCAUCUUUGAAUGUGACCUUGACAUGCAGAGGCAAGCUUUUAGACAGACCAUGCACUUGUGUGAAAUUUGCUUUGAUGAAAGGGAUGGAACGGAAUUUCACUACCUGGAUGAAUGCAAGCACUUUUUCUGCACUGAUUGCUUAAAAGCACACUGCGAGUCACAUGUUGAUAGUGGAACUGUACUUAAUCUUCAGUGCCCCAGCCAUGAAUGCCAGACAAUGCUCCCACCAGAGAUUCUUCAAGAGAUCCUUGAUACUGAUAAAUUGCAGCGAUGGGAAAGACUACUGUUAACAAAGACCCUUGAUAUAAUGGGCGAUAUAGUCUACUGUCCAAGAUGUAACAUGGCAGUUGUUGCUGAUGAAGAUGAAGGCUCAAGACUUGGCCAUUGUGCUAAUUGCUUUCAUGCAUUUUGUACAGAAUGCUAUGAGCCCUGGCAUCAUGGGCAGCCAUGUUUUUCAGGUGACUCAGAUUCUGAUGAGGAGAAUUGUAAAAAAACAGGGAAGCCUUUGAAGUCAAAGAAAACUAGAGAUAUAGAGGAGAAGGGAGGAAAAGCGGCUGCUGUAUCCCUUAGAGCACAAGAGAAAAGAAGGAAAGUAAGAGACCAUAAAAUGAACAUGAGCAAUCUAUCCUUUAUACGUAUGAUGAAACAGCAGGGGAGGUAUCAGUACUGUCCAAAGUGUCGUAUGGCUGUCGAGAGGAUAACUGGCUGUGAUAUGAUGCAUUGUUCGCAGUGUGGUGCAAGCUUUUGUUGGCAAUGUGGUAUGUACAAUUAAUGAAUUUUAAUGUGUCUUAUAAAGGGCAGUGCUGCAGUGUAUGGAGAUUAAAGUUAAAAUCUCUUUAAUGGGGCACCAAAGGUUCAGAACCGGUCUGCAUUACAGAGGGGUCUGUAGUAUAGAGUUAGGGAAUAGGUGAAGUUUGGUAUCUUUGGGACCUGCAGGUGAAUUUUCCAUAAUAAAGAGAGCUGUCUGUAUUAUAUUAGCGGUAUCCAUAACUACAGAUUCAACGGUGCCUUAAUUGUGGAAAUUUUCAUUAGCUCAUUUAUUUUGCUUCUAUAGUGAAGACCAGAGGUUAAAACAGUAUUAAGUACCAGUGUCUUCAUGAGAGAAAAUGGAAAGAUAUGAGACUGCCAACAGGCUAUUUAAUAAUAAUAAUUAAUAAUUUAUUCAUUUAUAGUGCGCUUUUUAACAUGCUAGGUGAUCAAAAGCACAUUACAACGAUAAAUAACCUUAAAAACUAUACAAAUAUUAAAAGUAUACAAAUAUAUUUAACAUCUAAGAGACAUUAAAAGCUAAUUUAAAAAGAUAAGUUUUAAGAUUAGAUUUAAAAGUAGAAAUACAUUUGAUGCUGUGGAGGCUAACAGGAAGAGCGUUCCAUAAAGUGGGCGCAGCCACACUGAAGGAUCAGUCACCAAAUGACUUUUUCAUUUUUCCUGACGGAUGCUUUAAUAAAACACCUUCAUUAGAGUGCAGCAAAUAGCACGUAUUAGUCUUGGUAUGAAUUAAAUCAAUGAUGUAACUAGGUGCCAUGCCAUAGAGGGCUUUGAAAGUAAGUAAUAAAAUUUUAAAAAUAAUUCUAUAUCUUACUGGUAACCAGUGUAAAUUUAUCAAAACGGGCGUAAUAUGGUCAUAGUUUUUAUAUGACAUAAGCAGCCUAGCUGCAGCGUUCUGUACUCUUUGCAACUUGAAAGAGUGUUGGUUUGAGGAGGCGGGGGGAAAUUGUCACUGCAGUGGCCCACAACAUUACCAAAAAAACAGUCAUAAGACACAUGGUUCAUCCCUUUCAAAACGAUGGCUCAAAAUCUACUCACCCACCCCUGGUGAAUCAUCUACAAUUACCCUUAACCACCUCCAGUGUCGGGAUCACUCUGUCAUUUUGUUUGCAUACAACUGUGUAUCUUGCAAUAAUCUUGAGUUGAAACCAAUCUGGUGCUUUUAUCUUUUUACGUGUGCAAAAGCAUUAUCAAGUGUACAGCUGUAUAUCCUACAUGUAUAUCACAACACAACUUGAGGCUUGUACAUGUGUGAACUUUCUUGUAUUUCCUGUACUGUAUAUUGUUAUUAAGACAGGAUCCACCAGGAAAUUGAGUAAAAAUUAAUGUUAAUUUUCAGUGCAUGGACAAAAUUAACCUUGUACCAGAAUAUUUUAAGCCAUAUUGCAUUCUUUUUUACACUUUUCAAGGGCUAUAGAUAUAAUCAGUUAUCUGUAAUAAUGCCAAAGACAAUUUCUUUUGGGAGCCUGGGAAAAAAAAAUUUCAAAUUUCACAGGAAUUGUGAAAACACAGGUAAAAUCGUUAUAUGCAAGAUUUCAUUUUGUGAAAUUUGAAGCAUUUGAAGUUUAUUUUCUCCGGCUCCCAUGAGAACCUUUCCUUUGGAGUGAUUUCAUAUAACGUACUACAUUUAUAGCCCUUGAAAAGUGUAAAAAAGGAUGCAAUAUGGUUGAAAUUAUUCUGGUACAAGGUUUUUGCCCACUGAAAAUUAAAAUUACUCAAUUUCCUAAUGGAUUCUGUCAAUUGCUACAUAUAAUUGACCAAUCAAGACAUUAUUCCUGAAAUAUUAAAUUUUUCAUGCCCAGUUCCUAUUUAGGAGAUACAAUCUGAUCAAUUUCUAGUUUUACAGGCAAACAAUAACACAAUCCAUAAAUUAUUUUGUGCCAUAACAAUAUAAAUUUAAUUAUCUUAUUUUUUUAAGGUUGUCCUUCAGUUUAUUCUAUUAAAUUAUUCCAAUAAACACUUCUUUUUUCUUUAGGAAAGGCAAUAUCUGGCUAUGACCAUUUUGGAAACUGCGGGAGGCUUGAACCAGGCUUCCGCAUACCCGUCAGACAGCCAACAGUGGGUGAAAAUUUGAUUGAAGAGUAUCGUAAGGCCAACCCAAGAAGAAGAUUACGAACAAAGCUAUGUCCCCGCUGUCACCAGAAAUGUCUCAAAGAGAAUAGCAACAAUAACCAUUUAAAAUGUUGGUCUUGUAAGACACCCUUUUGUUACCAGUGUGGCAAAGAAAUUAAGGGGGCAGUACACUUACACUUUCAAGGCAUCAGUUCAUGUGCACAACAUUCUGAUGAUUAA